UUCAACCAUGGAGGGAAAAAUUGUGAGACGGAAUGUCUUGUGCAAGGUAUAGCAAUGAGACCACUAGAACAUGAAAUGGAUAAAUUGAUAUUUAUAAUUUUAAUAUACUUUAUAUAGCAUAGAGCACAUAACAUACAUUUAUAUAAUAUAAUAAAUUACACAAACUACAAAUAAUAUGCUAUUGUUAUAUAAUUAUAUGGACUGGAAAGGUAGGAAGUGGGCAGAUUACGAAGGGCUUUAAAAAUCAGAGUGUUUUAUAUCUGAUCCCCGAAGUGAUUGGGAAUGAUGGUCAGAUUUCAGCAUGAUUAGAUAAAAGAAUUUCAGAAUUCAUAAACAUGGAAGGAGAACACUUGUGGGUAAUGGCAAAAUCAACCUUAUACCCUUAUGAGUGUGUAGCUGAGGUCAAGAGGAAGAGUAGGUCAUGGAAAUAAGUUAAAGAACUGGGAAAUUAAGGUGUUUGAGAAAGUAUCAUCGUUAAUGUUGAAGUCUCCUAAUAAGGGCAAGAGAGAGGAAAGGAAGAAAAAGGGAGAGAAAAACUGUGACCCAGAUACUCAACUCACUGAAGAAGAGUGAAUAUAAUAAUGAUAGCUACCAGAAUCUUGAUUAGGUGAUAAAUUUGGAUUGAAUGAUCCUUAACACAAGAGAGUUACUGAGUGAUGGAGGCAGAGAGCUUGGAAGCAGCGAUGUGUACCAAUGAGUAUUCUGACUCUGGCAUCAUGAUCUACAGAUUUUACCGAUUUUUCUAACCUGGGGUGAGAGCACAGAAGAUCAUUAAUUUCUAUUAGUUUAUGAAGUCAUACCAGAACAUACCCCUCCUUUGUCUUAGAAUUAGGUAUAAGAAUAGGAUAAUUAACUAACUAUACAUCCAAAAAAUAGAGGUUUGAUGUUUGUUCAAGUCCUGAGCUGCACAUGGGAGCCCAGUCUCUAUACCCUAUUCAAUAUACAGACUGUCCCAAAAGUCUUAAUGCAAUUUGAAGCCACUAUACACUUUAGGGAUUCUCUGUGUGAACCAGACCAGAAGCGUCUGCACGAGAUAAAUUAUUUGGACAGCAAACCCAGGCCUGAUGUUAAGACAAUCAACCAGCACUUAUUUAUUUGUUUUUAGAAACCGUAUUGUUAAACCCAUACUAUAUGUCAGGCACUGUACUGGGUAUACAAAGAAAGUGGGGAGGAAAGACACAAUUGAGGCACCAAUCAAUCCAAGACAUUUAGUAAGCUCCUUUGUGUACUCUGCACUCUGCUAGGCCCAGAAAGAUAAAAAAUUUGGGGAGCUUAUGUUGCUUUGGGAGAGACCACAUUUACCCAAUACUUGGGGCAGGAAGGCCUACAAGGCCUGGGGUGGAGAGUGGAACAGGGUAAAGGUCUGAUUGCAUUAGGUUGCAAUGAGGGAGGAGAGAAAACUAAAAGUGGGAGGAGGACGAGAUGUCACGGCAGCUCAGAAGGGGGGCGCCUUUCCGAGUGUGCAGGCGCACUGGCCUCAAUCGGGGUUUCUUCCCCUCCCCUCCCCCGCCCUCUUUCUUUUCCGCUCCCCCGCACCCCCGCCCCACUCCAUCCCCAUCUCGCUCUCUCCUUCCCCUUUAAGCUCCCGGCUGGUCGCGUCGCCGCUUCAUGAAUGGAGCCCACGUGACCAAACAUCAUGUGACGUCUGUGGAACGGCGGCGGCUGUGGCGGCUGUAGAUCCGCGAUCCUGGUCCCGUCCCGGCCUCAGCCCUUAUCCGGUCCGGUCCGGUCCGCCGCGGUCCGGGCCAGCACAGCGCCGUGUGGCGCUGCCCCACCCCGCCCCACCCGGCCUCAGCGCUGCCUCGACUCGACGCCGCCGCCCAGCCAGCAGUCCCGUCCCGGGUCCCGAGUCUCCGCCCGCCCGCCCGCCCGGGCCCGGCCUCCCUCCCUCCCUCCCUCCCUCCUCCCCUGCCCCCCGCCCGCCCGGUCCGGGCCUCGGCCCCACUGUGUGAGAGUAACUGUUGUGGCUCCCAGGUUAUGACGACCCCCAGUAAAGGAAAUAAGGCCUUGAAGGUGAAGAGAGAGCCAGGUGAGAAUGGCACCAGCCUGACAGAUGAGGAGCUGGUGACAAUGUCUGUACGAGAAUUGAACCAGCACCUUCGAGGCCUGUCAAAGGAGGAGAUCAUUCAGCUGAAACAACGUCGGCGCACACUUAAAAACCGAGGCUAUGCUGCUAGUUGCCGAGUGAAAAGGGUCACUCAGAAGGAAGAGCUGGAGAAACAAAAGGCAGAGCUGCAGCAGGAGGUAGAGAAGCUAGCCUCUGAGAAUGCCAGCAUGAAGCUGGAGCUGGACGCCCUCCGCUCCAAGUAUGAGGCACUGCAGAACUUUGCGAGGACGGUGGCUCGGAGCCCCGUGACCCCAGCCCGGGGCCCCAUCACUGCCAGCAUGGGGCCCCUUGUCCCUGGCAAAGUGGCUGCCACCAGUGUCAUCACAAUAGUGAAGUCGAAAACGGACGCCCGGUCGUAGUGACACGUGUGUGUGUGUGUGUGCUCCCCCGGCAGCGGGUAUAUGUGGGGUGGUUAGGCACAAGGCAGUUUCAACAGCCCUGUCCCCACCUCUCUUCCUUCUUCUCUUCUCCCACCUCUUCCCUGCAAAGCACAACCUCCCACCCCGGGGGUGCCGGGCUGAGCCCCCUUUGAUUUCAUCAUUAUCGUCAUGUGUAUUGUGCGUUGGGAUUGGUCGGUGCGGCGGUGACAUGGGGUGGCCCCCUUCCUUCCUCUGGGUACCAAGGUCAUGUGGACAUAGAGUCCCAAUGUGCUCCUUUUGGCAUAAAGAGUAUGUGCUUUGUCUCUGAGGAGGGGAGGUUCCAGUUUGGGAGGAUGGGACAUGUCCCUUCUUGAGCUCCAGGUUGCCUCCCAGACCUCAGAAUGCUGUCCUCACUACCCCUAGUGUCAGGAGCUAGGAUCCUCCUUGGGAACUGUUCAGUCUGGAGUGGUUUGUUAUAAACAAACCCAAGUUGAAUAGGUUAGUAUUGUGGGGACAGGUGGGCCUUGUUCUGAUGGGGAAAGUGCAAAAUGUCCUAGUAAACCUGGGAGAAUGAAGUGGUGCAUCCCCUGGUUGGUGUGGGAGGUAAUAGGAAGUCCUUGGGAAGAGGACGGGGUGUCAUAAGGUGGCUAUGAGCCAAUAGCCACGGCUUUUGUGCCUGACACGUUGCACUGAACAAGACCAAAAUCACUAGUUGUGAGCGUAUUUGAAGGGUGUGUACAGUGUGUCUUAGCAAUGGGUCCUGUGUCACUGUUUACACAACCUAUUUGUGUGGUUAAAUGGUCCUUUAUUUAAAAGAGAAAAGUUCCUUUGAAGAAGCUAUUAAAUUAUAUAAGUUUAAAGAUUAAAGAAGAAAAAGCUGCAGAGUAUUUAUAAAACUGUCUUUUUAAAAACACAGAAUAAGAGGAGUAUUUGACCAUAGAAACGGAAAAGAAAAAAGUAACCUAGAAAUUCUGUUAAUUUACAAAAGAGAGAGGAACUUGGGGGAAAAUCCUUUGUUGUAAAUCCUUUCUUUGGACAAUUCUCUGUGGCUGUUGGAGUUUAGUUUUUAUAAACACAGAGUUAUCAGACAUUAUUUAUAAAACUUAGUUUAAAAAAAAAGAAAAA